UAGCGCCCUCAAAGCAAAGCAGCUGUACUCAGCAACAAGCUCAGCUGUACAGGUGGCCAACAGUACCCUUCUUUCUUCUUUGUAACAACGAGAGGGCUCACACCAAAGGCAUCAUGCAGAAGUUUCUCUACAUCCUUCUGUCACUGGCAAUCUGCAGUGCCAAUGUCAUGAGGGACAGUGACCUUGGUGAAGAUGAGGACUGGAUGGUGGGAAACGACCUUCACAACCUGCCCCAGCCCAUGAUCAGCUCCGAGCUGACCACACGGCUGUUCCACAUCGAGCAGCAGCUGACCAACUUUGAAGGAACCAUGAGCACCCUGCAGGCUGAGCUGUCUGCCCUGAGAGACCGUGUGCAGGUGGAGCGUGAACAGACAGGUGCCUCCUUCAACAACCUGAAGCACCUGCUCAAUAACGAGUACAUCCAGCGCAGGUCUAGUCUGGAUGAGGUCAACCUCAGUCUCACCUUCCUCCAGUCCCAGCUUCACCAGACAGAGAACCAGACUGGUCUGAUGGACCAGAUCAGACAGGAGCUGUGUCGUGUCACACCAACUCUGGGUCUGAUUGAGCACCUGACCUCACCUGCGGGACACUACCAGUACACCUGGCAGGAGGCCAAGCAGGCGUGCGAGGCUGACGGGGGCCGGCUGGCCGAGUAUCGCGAGCUGUAUGCUGAGUACAGGCGUGGCCUGGAGAGGUGCGACUGUGGCUGGCUGGCGGAUGGAACGGCCUGGUACCCGAUGCACAGCGUGUGGCCCCAGUGUAAGAACGCCCGCGGCAUGCACGUGUGUGAGGAGCAGGGCACCUACAACGCCUGGUGCUGGAAGAAGCUCUCCAUCUGCCCCUAGGCACAUGGCCAGCAUCCGUCCUUCCAUCCUUUGACGGAAUUUUCACAUGUCACAUGAUUUGCAUCUGAUAGCCACAAUGCCUAUCAGAAGUUCUUUUACUAGUUUCAGACAAACUGCAACAUUUUCAUAAAGCUUUUACAUGACAAAUAAGACCCUUGAGGUUCUCUUAUCCUUAAAACUUAUAUGAUCUCUUUUCAAAUGUCAUUUAGAUAAAAGUGGCUGAAAUUGUUGGUAAUACAGAUAAAAGAAAAUAAAGCACUAGCAAUAGUCUUA